CCUCCCUUCCCUUGCAGCCUCACCAUGCGGGGAGCCCCUGCCCUGGCGCUGCUGCUCUGCCUGCUGAGCCCUCCUCCUCCGGCCGAGGGAUGGUACAAGCAGGCGGCCGGGCCCAGCUACUACUCGGUGGGAAGGGCCUCGGGGCUCCUCUCCGGCAUCCGACGCUCCCCUUACAGCCGGCGAUCCGACGACAACAGCAGCAGCAACAACAACAACAACAACAACGCGCCCGACAGCAGCAGCAGCCCCAGCGCCGAAAGCGGAGCCCCCGCCGCCCCCCCUUUCUUGCUGCCUGAGCCCCGCCAGAGCCCCGGGGGGCUGAGGAACAUGGCGGUGUGCGUGAAAGAGGUGGCUCCGGAAUUGCAGAGCUGCCAGCUGGUGCCCGGUGUGCCCAGCCUGAUCCAGUGCAAGGCCGAGGUCACCGUCUCGCUGGACUCCUCCGACUGCAGCCCUUGAAGGACCCUGGCCAAGGAAGGAAGGCCCAGAGGAGGAGGGACCAGGGAUGCUGUUGUUCUCCUUUCUCUUCCCACCCUGCUGCACCCGACAAUAAAGGCGUUUGCAAUGGC